AGAAAAAUUCGGUAAGAGGAAGAAAUUCAAAGACAGAGCGGGGCACUGCAUGUUGAAAGUUUUAAUGACGUCCAUUGAAAAUGAAAGAUAUAAGACGUACCUUCGUUUUAAUUGUUUCGAGUUUUGCCAUUUUCAUAGGACUGUGUAACUGUCAAGAGAGCCGAGGUACGAAUUUGGAUUUAUACAAUUAUUUAUUAAGUCUAUCUAGAUACAAUCCUAGCAUUAUACCGAGAUGUGGGAAGGAGACCCGUGUGACAGUUGAGAUUGGAAUGGCACUGAGAGAUAUUGUGGAAGUCUGGGAAAAACAACAACUGAUUCGUCUCAAAAUUUGGGUUCGUAUGAAAUGGAGGGACUGCAUGCUUCAGUGGGAUCCGCUACAGUUUCAAAACCAGACCGAGUUAGUUGUACCCUAUUCUAAAAUCUGGAUCCCGGAUAUAACCCUGUAUGAAGGGGUCAGUGAUGAAGGGAAUAUGCCUGACAUGGAGGAUUACAGGGCUAGUAUAAAUCACACGGGGUAUGUGACGUAUAAUUUCCCCAGCAUUGUGACAGUGGUGUGUAGAUUCAAUGUGGCGUACUUCCCUUUCGAUCACCAAGUAUGUAGUAUGAAGUUUGGUUCCUGGAUUUACUCGGGGAAAAACAUUGACUUGAAUAUUACUAGCAAAGUAGUGGAUGUUUCUAGUUUUCAUACCCAUAACGAAUGGGACGUUAUAAAAACAGCAGCAGUGAGACAUAAUAUUUACUAUGGGUGCUGCCCUGAUCCAUAUCCAGAUGUCACUUUUUAUAUUCAUAUCCGAAGAAAGCCCUUUUUCUACGCAGUUACAAUCAUUUUUCCUUGCAUUUUGAUUAACUUGUUAAGUUUUCUUGGAUUUGUACUUCCGCCAUUUUCUGGAGAGAAAAUUUCCCUACAAGUUACGGUGCUCUUGUCUAUAACUGUGUUCCUAUUGCUUGUACAAGACAAAUUUCCCUCAGCAGCUGAAAACUUUCCGCUUCUCGCCAUGUAUUUCUCUUUAUGCAUGGUACUUGUAUGUGUCUCGUGUGUUUUGUCUAGCAUUGUCUUACACGUUUAUAACAGGUCGCCGCAUGACCAUCCAAUAUCUCCUUUUAUACGAUCUGUUUUCUUGGACAAAUUUCGUCAAAUCUUGUGCAUAAAAUCAGACAUGGUCUUAAAGAAUGAUGAGCUCGUUCAGAUUUCCAAAAUCCGUGGCUUAGAAACGAAGAAGGAUCUCCAUCAACAAGAAUGCAUGGAACUGCACAAAGGAGAACUACACGAAGGGGAAUUGCACAAACGUGGACUGCACAAAGACGAACGACCCAAAGAUUGUAGGAAACUUUCAUUAGCAAAGGGGGAUAUUCCGGAAUACUCUCCAGAUAUAAAUGACCAUUCUUUCUUCGACCAUCGAAGGUGCCAUAUCACGAACGAAUGGGAACUAUUUGCUUUUGUUUUGGAUCGAUUUUUCAUGUUAAUUUAUUUGUGCCUGACCUUAGGAAACAGCAUUGUUUUUAUUUCAAUUAUGGGAAAUUACGAUGGAAAUGAUAUCCCAAUGGAAUAGAUAACUUCCUUUGUUGAAUUCACAAUACCAAAGAUUAGUUUCUCUAAAACAUUUAUUGUCCAUAGUUAAUGCAUGUAUGAAGAUUAAGAAAUAGUGAAUUACAUGCCCAGCAGUCAAUGAUGAGACACCCAUACCGAAGCACCCACGUCUUUCAACGCUUUAGUACAUGUAAAUACUGUAUUGAAUAUAAACAAAUCAGUUUUAAAAUUAAGUACAUGUUCGAAUGAAGAGGAUAUUUUUUUUAUCAAGUCUAUUUCGUGUCAUUUAUGUGUUUUAUUAAACCAAUAUUCUUUA